CUCCAAGCCCCCUUCUGUGGCACCCUGCCCUCCACAAGGAGCAACAGCCGGCACAAGCUGGAUGAGAGGAUCUUCAUGGAACAGGCUCAAGAAUGCAUGAACAAUGGUUAUCUGCUCUCCUCCAAGAAGAUUGGCUCUGGUGCUUUCUCCAAGGUCUACCUAGCCUAUGCAACACGUGAGCGCAUGAAGCACAAUCCUAAACUAGCCUCUGACUUGCGGGCCAAGCGCCACACUAUGGUGGCUAUUAAGAUUGUGUCCAUGGCUGAAGCCCCAGUGGAGUACUCCAGAAAGUUCCUGCCCCGUGAGAUUUCAUCACUCAAUGCCACCUACAAGCACCUUAACAUAGUGCAGUUAUAUGACACCUACCAGAACAGUCAGCGCUCCUACCUGGUACUGGAGUUGGCAGCCCGAGGCGACCUGUUGGAGCAUAUCAACGCAGUGUCAGACCUCCGAUGUUGCCCAGGGCUAGAGGAGGAAGAGGCUCGAAGGCUGUUCUGGCAGCUGGUCAGCGCUGUGGCCCACUGCCACAAUGCCGGCAUUGUGCACCGAGACUUGAAAUGUGAGAACAUCCUGUUGGAUGACCAGGGCUUCCUAAAGCUGACAGAUUUUGGCUUUGCCAACUGCGUGGGGCUCAAGAACUCACUGCUGAGCACCUUCUGUGGCUCUGUGGCCUACACGGCCCCAGAGAUCCUCAUGAGCAAGAAGUACAAUGGUGAGCAGGCUGAUCUGUGGAGCCUAGGGAUCAUCCUUCAUGCCAUGGUGUCUGGGAAGUUGCCCUUCAAAGAACACCAACCCCACCGCAUGCUGCAUCUGAUUCGUCGUGGUCCCGUCUUCAAGCCAGGGUUGUCCCCAGGGUGCCGGGACCUGAUCAGAGGGCUGCUUCAGCUGCAUCCGUGUGCACGCCUGGGCCUACAGCAGGUAGCUGCUCACUGCUGGAUGCUGCCUGCAGAACACACACUGCACUCUGCACUCGGUGCUACUCCAGAACAGGAGCAUUCCCGGUCAGCAACAGCCCCUGGCCACACAGAGUCUGGCAGAGAUACCGUGUACCAGAAGCAAAAGCUGCAGCACCUCCAGAGGCGGGACAUCUCUAAGGAGAGUGUCUCUGGCCCAGGCGUUUAGCACCUGGAAGCCUGCACCAGAGGAAUAGCUUCUACCAGUCUUGGGCUAUGGCACUCCAUGGCAGGUGGCCACUCUCUAUGCCCCAUAGUCCCUAACAGGAACAUGCCUGGGCACUAUCUGGUCAACUGAGGGUGGGUAGGUGUGGGCAGAUAAAAAUGUUUUUCUGUGGAGCUGAGGAUGCAGCUGUCUACACAGGGAGAGCAGG